GCGGCAAGCUGGACUCUGCUCCCUGUGGAGCCAGCAGCACUGUCAGAAGAGCUGCUGCCCUCCUGCCAGCAGCUCCUUCAGGCCUGGGGCCUGCAAAUGCAGUUCGAGCAGGAUUCUCAGUUUUCUCAGUCUCACAAGACAGAUGCACAGUACCUCAUUCUUGACCAUUUUCUCGCGCUGAGUGCUUAAAACAACUGGUUUGGGCACAUUAUCUGGAAAAUGUGAAAAUGUAUUGGCUCCAUUAUACGUUUUUGUAAAAUUACAAAACAUGAAGUAAAGCCUUGGAAAUGGCUCUACAAAAGAUAGACCUAAUCUUGCAAGGCUAGAACUUUUAUGCAGAGCAGCUGGAAGUAGUUAAAAUAUUGGAACUACUGCUGAUUUGGUUGCAUCCUCCAACAUGACCAAUCCUCAGCCUACAAUUGAAGGCAGUGUUUCGGAAGUUGAGAUCAUUUCCCAACAAGUGGAAGAAGAGACCAAAAGCAUUGCUCCUGUGCAGCUUGUUAAUUUUGCUUAUCGAGAUCUACCUUUAGCUGCACUUGAUCUGUCUGUGGCUGGGUCCCAGCUUUUGUCAAAUUUGGAUGAGGAGUACCAAAGAGAAGGAUCUAACUGGCUAAAACCAUGCUGUGGGAGACGAGCAGCUGUGUGGCAGGUAUUUUUGCUCAGUGCAAGUCUCAACAGUUUCCUGGUAGCCUGUGUAGUAUUGGUGGUGAUUCUUCUGACUCUGGAACUCCUAAUAGAUAUAAAGCUUCUCCAGUUUUCAAGUGCUUCCCAGUUUGCAGGAGUAAUUCACUGGAUCAGCCUAGUCAUCCUCUCUGUUUUCUUUUCAGAGGGUUUUUCAGCUGGUGUUGUAGGUGGGUGCUUUCUGAAAGGAUUGUUUGAUGGCAGGCAGGAAUCUCAGGCUGCUCUGCAUCCCAGCCCUCUGGUGCUGCAGACUGUUUUGAGGAUUGUGGUCCUUGGCAUAUGGGAUUACAUUGAAAACAAAAUAGAGGUGUUUGAUGGUGCUGUCAUAAUCUUGUCCUUGGCACCAAUGGUGGCCUCAACAGUGGCUAAUGGCCCCAGCAGCCCGUGGGAUGCUAUCAGCCUUAUUAUCACACUGCGGAUAUGGAGAGUGAAGAGGAUCAUUGAUGCAUAUGUCCUUCCAGUGAAAGUGGAGAUGGAGAUGAUGAUUCAGCAAUAUGAGAAGGCAAAGGUUAUUCAAGAUGAGCAGCUGGAAAGACUAACCCAGAUCUGCCAAGAACAAGGGUUUGAAAUCAGGCAGCUGAGGGCCCACCUUGCUCAGCAGGACUUGGACCUGGCUGCAGAGAGAGAGGCUGCACUGCAGGUCCCACACGUGCUGAACAAACAGAGCAGCAAGAGGUACAAGGUGGUGGCCACUGAAGACUCGGACGACGAAGCCACCGAGAACAUCACUGAGCUGCGACCUCCACGAGAGGAUGACAUGAAUAAUUACAUCAGUCGAUACUACAAUGAGCCCAGCAGUGACAGCGGAGUCCCUGAGGCCGCCAUCUGCGUCGUGACCACAGCCGCCAUUGACGUGCACCAGCCCAACAUCUCCUCGGAGCUGUUCACGGUGGAGGUGCCACUGCGCCUGGGCAGCACCGGGACCUCUGCCAGCAUCACAUCAGGCAGCGCCUCACGCUCCACCGUCAGCUCGGGCACACGGGGCUGCAGCGAGAGCAGCCAGACCCUGGGCUCGUCCCCAGACUGCAGCACGGCCUGCGAGGAGCUGGCCGAGGCCGGCGUGGGACCACAGCCAGAGCUGGUGCCCACCCGGCAGCGCGUGGCCCACGCUGUGGUGCAGGAGCUGCUCUCGUCCCUGUCAGAAGAAGCCUGCUUGGUGCAGAAAGGGCUGGAUCCUGUCAACCUGAAGCUGCCCAGCCCAGCAGGCUCAGUGGGGACCAGCCCCGACCUGGGCCACCGGCUCAGUGUCUACAACCGCAGGAAUCAGGAGAGUCCUGAUGUCUUCCAGCUCAAGCCACUCCUCGACUGCCCCCAGGGUGCCCCAAUGAUUGAGGAGAAAUAUGGGGCCCUGGGGCCCCCAGAGCCACGGCUGGGCAGGGUUCCUGAGGCAUAGGGCCAGCCUGGGGGAUAGGGACUCCUGUGGGGAACACACUCUCCACGCUGGCCCACGAGGUUACCACAGGUGAGGUGGCAGUGCUGAAGGCAACCUGCGGCAUCUCCUGCAAUGGCCACCAGCCCAGGGCAAGGCCAGCGGCACCUCUGCUCGCCAGUGUCUGUGGAACGUGACCUCCUGCCCUGCCACCAGCUCUGGGCCAACUGGGACCUACGGUGGCCAUCUGGGAACAAUGGACCUUCCAGCAGUUUUAGGCCAAUAUGGACCCACAGUGCCUGGAGAGACAAACAGACUGUGCCGGAAACACUAUGAACCUUUCACCAGUCCAGGGCCAGCAGAGCCCCAUAGUGCCCAGGGGCAGGAUAGAGCUGCUGGACAGCUUGGGCCCAGCCUGGCUCCCCAGUCAGACCCCCAGCCUGACCCUACCCAGGGGCUGAGCACAGCUGGGAGGGGUGUGGAGAUGGGAAUAAAAAUUGACAGACACA